AUGAAGAUCUUUUGCUAUCUCCUCCAUUUUUUGUGUUAUGUGAUCUUCAUUCUACCAGCCACAUGUACCUUGGUGGAUGCGGAUCGUUGCAUAAAACGUAAAGGUCGCUGUAGGAGAGACUGUCGUAUGGAUGAAAAGCAAAUUGAUAUAUGUUUCUCACCAAGUAAGAUUUGCUGCGGCGAGAGGAUUGAUGAAGACGAUCAUAUGGGAAUAGUUUGA